AUGGUGUCCAGCUGCAAGACUGGCCCAGACAUCCUCAAUAGCAACCUGGCCAGUUUAGUGGCAGAGUGCCUCCAGAUGCUGGACUCUGGGGCCGAUUAUCUGCACCUGGAUGUAAUGGGUGGGCAUUUUGUUCCCAGCAUCACCUUUGGUCACCCUGUGGUAGAAAGCCUCCAAAAGCAUCUAGGCCAGGACCCUUUCUUUAACAUGUACAUGAUGGUGUCCAGGCCUGAACAGUGGUUAAAGCCGAUGGCUAUAGCAGGGGCCAAUCGAUACACCUUUUAUCUUGAAGCCACUGAGAACCCAGGGGCUUUGAUUAAAGAUAUUCGGGAGAAUGGGAUGAAGGUUGGUCUUACCAUCAAACCAGUAACUACAGUUGAGUAUUUGGCAGCAUGGGCCAAUCAGAUAGAUAUGGCCUUGGUUAUGACAGUGAUACUUGGGUUUGGAGGGCAGAAAUUCAUGGACAACAUGAUGCCAAAGGUUCACUGGUUGAGGACCCAGUCCCAUCUUUGGACAUAGAGGUUGAUGGUGGUAUAGGUCUUGACGCUGUCCAGAAGUAUGCAGAGGCAGGAGCUAACAUGAUUGUGUCUGGCAGUGCCAUUAUAGGGAGUGAAGACUCCAGAUCUGUGAUCAAGUUGAAGAAAUGUUUGCUCAGAAUCUGCUCAGAAACAUUCUCUUGGUUGUUGAAACAUCAAGCAGCCCAAUGUUUCUGCUCAUGAAAUCUCCUUUUUACUGGAAAACAAGAAUGUUCCCU